UCAGGUGGUUGCGAGGUUUCCCUCCCUCCUUCCUUCUCCUUUCCCUCUAUCCCACUCCCUCUAUUUCCCAGCUCACCUCCCCUCCCGGCGUGGGCCGGCCCAGCGGGGGAAGCCGGCUUGAGGCGUGUUUGAGUGUGUGGGGGGGGUGGAAAAGUUGGGAGGCGAGUUUGCCGGCUUGGAGGGGAAAGUCGGAGGCGAGUCGCCGGCCCUGGGGAAAUCCGUGAGGAAAAGUUGCCGGCUGGGGAAAGUUUAGAGGCGGGAGAGCCGCGGCCCCGGCUUCCCCGCCGCGCUGAGCCCCGCGGAAGGGCCGAGGAUGGCCGGCGGGGAGGGAGCGGGCUCCGGGGUGGCGGAGUGCCGGGAGCAUCUCUUCAAGGUGCUGGUGAUCGGGGAGCUGGGCGUGGGUAAAACCAGCAUUAUCAAGCGGUACGUCCACCAGCUCUUCUCCCAGCACUACCGGGCCACCAUCGGGGUGGAUUUCGCCCUCAAAGUCAUCAACUGGGACAGCAAGACCCUGGUUCGGCUGCAGCUCUGGGAUAUAGCAGGCCAGGAGCGCUUUGGAAAUAUGACCAGAGUAUACUACAAAGAGGCAGUUGGUGCUUUUGUAGUCUUUGAUGUCACAAGAGGCUCCACUUUUGAGGCUGUUUCAAAAUGGAAGCAUGAUUUGGACAGUAAAGUACUACUUCCCAAUGGCAACCCCAUCCCUGCUGUUCUUCUUGCAAACAAAUGUGACCAGAAGAAAGAUGGCAGCCAGAAUCCCUCUCAAAUGGACCAGUUCUGCAGAGAAGGUGGCUUUGUUGGAUGGUUUGAAACAUCCGCCAAGGACAACAUCAACAUAGAUGAAGCUGCUCGAUUCUUGGUGGAAAACAUCCUUGCCAACUACAAAACCUUUCCUAAUGAAGAGAAUGAUGUGGGGAAACCAAAACUGGACCUAGAUCCAUUGAAAGCAGAGAGUAAAUCACAGUGCUGCUAAUGCUACCACUGUUCAGUAAAUGCGAUGGGAUGAGCAGCAAGACUGUUCCAUAAAUGAAACUGCUGCCAUGGUGCUGCAUUGUGACAAUCCAUAUGGGGUGUCUGGUAUUAUCUGAAUAGGUGAUUCUUGUGGGUGUUUACGUAUUCUUGUUUAGCAUGAAACUGAGUAUCUUGUGAGUUAUCGCUCCACUUCCUUGAGUGGCUGCAUCUAAGUCUGAUUAGUGUCGUCUUACUUGAGAACAUAAGGUAGUGUUUACACUCCUACAAAGGAACAAAGAUAACAUGCAGUGUCUAGCUUGCUUCUAGGACAUAUGCUACAUUCCAAAUAGGGCUCACUUAUCAUGGCUUUAGCUGAAUAGACACUUGCACCUUUAAAGUAAACUUUUCCUUUGUCACCAGGAAUGUCCUACUUUAGCCUUCUCACCUACACACUUGUCCCUAUUUAUUAUCCCCCACCAUGAGGAUAUGUCUCAUUGCUAGUUCUCCUGGAUAGAGACAUCCCAGAAAUCUUAAAGUGGCCAAUGACAGAUGGGAGGUAUCUUUCUUAGUGUGUUCACUAGGACUGGGUGAAGUGGCUUUUACCACUGAGUAAGAACAAGAUGGGUAAAUGAUUGUACAUAACAGGGGAAAAGCAUGGUUAUUAAGAUACUAACAAAAAUGCAUCUCCAGCCAUUUAUGGCAGAAUACUUUCAGCUAAUACUUUUCAUAUGAAACACAUUAAUGAAUGCAGUUGUACUCCUGGCACAUAGUUAUGGUAACCUCACUCAUAUGCACAUCCAGGAACUUUUUCAUGCACUAACACUGAAAGCUUUACCAAGACUGCAAAAAGUAAAUACCUUACUAUCUGUGCUAAUGAACUUGCUUCUUUUUCCUUCUGUCCUGGGAUGGCUCAGAAUACCAUGAGAGAGGUCAUGAAGGAAAUAACUUAAUUGGCUCUUGCUAGCCUAUCAAAAAAAACCAAACCAACAAACCAACACAACCCCAAACCAAAAACCCAAGCUCUAUCUCUUUCAAUUUUAGAACAGUGCUGCACUCUUCUGACUACUCAAAGCUGGUGAACUGGCUUACCGGUUUGUAACUCUGUAUACAGAGAUGCUUAUGUUUCCUUGUUGUAGCUCAUGUAUUUUUGGCAGCAAAUGAAGAUCAAAAGGAUUAGAGGGUUUUCAUGGUUCUUUAACACAUUCUGGAACUCUGACUCUUUCUUGGCUGAAAGGCUUUAAAGUUGUUCUUUAUUUUAAAGGUUUCUUCUGUCCUGGUACCUCAUUGCUACUGACUUCAGAAGUCUUAUUUUGCUUGGUCUGAUGGUGCUGAUGUUUAAGUAAACAUCAUCAUGAAGUAUGUGCCAGAUUGAAUAUACUUUAAUCUGUAUUGAGAUUUCCUAGGCUGUCUUUUUUUUUUCUAAAGAGUAACAUACUUUUUAAGAGACAAAUAAAUAUAUUUGGGCAUCUUC